AUCGUCAGCGUGUAAUAUAAUAUAGUUUCAAUUAGGUACCUAAAUUAUUAUUUUAUUGUUAUUUAUUUUUAUUAAUUAUAGGUAAAAUUGUAGACAAUAAUGGUUAGAGCCAAAACAUUAUCUAAAGUAAGUAACUAAUUAUUUGAAUGUAAUUAAGUUAUUAAUUAAAUAUAGGUAAAACAUAUAUAUCAAUUUUUCUAACAUAUAUGUUUAUUAAUUUAUAAGAAAAUAUCCAAAGGUGGAAAAACAAGCGAUGUUAAAAGACGUAAUCAUUUGCGAAAUAAAGGACAUAUCAAAACUAAAAAGCACAAGUCUAAAGCAUAUAAUGUACCUCAACCUCCACUACAGAGAAGAGAUGACCCGAUUGAAGAAGACGAAGAAGAAGAAGCUGCAGCAGAAAAUAGUGAUAUUGGAGAUGAAAUGUUAGAAAUGGUGGACCAGGAAGACUUGGAUUUUCUGAAAAAGAACAUUGGCAAUCAAAAUUAUAAGCUGUAUAAUCGUAUACAAAUUAAUAAUGUAAACUUAUUAAUUUAUUAAUUUAUCACAUCUUACAUAUCUAUAAAUCAUUUUUAACUUAUAGGAAUCGAAAAAUAAAAGAUCUAAAGAAAAACCUUAUGAUGAUGAUGAUAAACUUGAAAAUGAAUAUGAAAGCACUUCAAUGAUGAUGAAAGAAGAUGAUGUAGCUAUAAAACGACCUUUAUUGCCAAUCAAAACCAAAGAUGGGAUUUUAAGACGAUACACUUAUGAAAAAGAUGAAAUAGGUAAUAAGACACAUUUGUCUUAUAAAACAUUAUAAUAUAAUGCUGUAAAUCAUAAAAUAUUUUGUAUUUUGCCUUUUUAUUUACCUGUUGCAUAAAAAAAGAUUUGCUUGCCACAAUAUUAUGGAUAUUUGGUUGCCACUUAAAUUAGUUAAUUAUCUUAUGUAAACGCCUCAUCAGUAAUAUCAUUGAUAAUCAAUCAUAAUCAAUGGUAAUAUAUAAUCAAAAAUAAUGUACAUUAACAAAAGUUUUAGUAGAAAAUAUCAAACAUUGUAUUACAUUUACCUUUAAACAAAAAAUGAAAAUCUUUUUUUUAUGAACUCCAAAAAAAAAAUAGUCAUUUUAAUGGCAAGUUAAAUAAUUUCUUACUGCAUUUAUCUUGAUAAAUACACUAAAUGUGUUUAGUGUGAUAUUAAAUAUGUCACACUUUGAGUUGUUUCACAUACCUUACCACAUACAUGUAACCAGAAAUGUUUUUUUUUUUAUUAUUAUUAUUACAGAACUAGAGAAGUCUCAGCCCAAAAAAAAAAAAACUGAUGAAAAUGAUGAAGAAAAUAAUGAGUAUGUUUUGUUGGAUACAAAUGAACCCGAAAAAGAAAUAUCAAUCAAUAAAGGUGAACCAAUAAGUGUUGCAAAAUUAUAUGCCAAACGAGAAAAUACAAUUCAAAGUUAUAAACAGCGUAUUGGACUUUUAGCUAGCACAUUGUUAGAAAAUCCUGAUCUAAAAGUAAAUUUGUUUGUUUUUGUCAAUUGUGCUUAACUUUUUUUUAAAUAUUUCUUUUAUAGUUUAUUAUUAACCUAUAUAAGUUGACAAUGUAGCAUAAAUAUGUUAUUUUGAAUUUGAUUUUAUGUUUAAUAUUUGAACUUACAUUUUAUAUUUUAUUUAGCUAUAUAUUUUAAUACCGUUGACAGUUUUUUGAUAUGAUAUUAUUCUAUUUGUGUAUUCAUUGCUUGUUUAACAUUUAAAUAUAUUUAAAAAUGUUUAAUAUUUUCCUGUUAGCUAAAUUGGAUGAUACUGUGUUAAAUAUAACGUACUUAGGUUGAUCACAUAAAAUAUAAUUGAUGAUUUUGUUUUUAUUUGUCAGUAAAUAAGACUUGAAAUUUUAGAUUGGAAACAUAGUUCAUCUUCUUGAAAUAAUGGAGAAACGCGAUCCAGAGUUACAAAUCACAAUAAAAAAAUUAGUAACUCUUACACUUUUAGAAGUUUUUAAAGAUCUUUUACCAAGUUAUCAAUUAAAAUUGAAUCAAUUUGAUGGAGUAAAAUGUAAGUCUUAUUAAUAUUUUUGAUAUUUUAAUUAUUUAUUCUAUGAACAUUAAUUUUAAUUUCCUUAUUUUCAGUUGUAUGAAAAUAGAAAAAUUGAUUAAUCUUAAUUUUAUACAUGUUUUAGUGAAAUUGGUUACUAAAGAAUUAAUUGGUUAUGAAGCACAAUUACUCAAAGGUUAUAAAAUUUAUUUAACAAAUUUAGAAAAAAUGGCCAGUAUCCUUCACAGAAAGAAAGGAGAUACACGAGUUAUAACAAAUGUAAGUUUUAUUUAUCUAAAUUUAUACUAUGAAGUAUGUGUUUGUGCGCUAUUGCAUAGAAAAAUAUGAAAAUUUACACACAUAAGUAGAUAAGUAGUUUUUUUUUAUAUAUUUACAUUAGUUUCUUAAAAUAAACCAGUUUAAUAUUUAAGCUAAAUUAACUGGUUCAUUCCAGUAAAUUUCUUGACUAUAACUUGAAAUGGUAUUCAACUAAAAAUAAAGUGUUGAAGAAAUAUAUAAUUAGAAAAAUAAAAUAGAUAAAUAUUAAGAAUUUAAAAUGUUUAAUUGAAUAAACAUUUUAGGUUCAUACAGGUUUGGCUGAAGUUGCAAUUAAUUGUAUGUGUGAAUUAUUAAUUUCCCAUUCAUAUUUUAAUUUUGCCGUCAACAUUGGACAUUUGUUGACUCUUUAUUUGGACAAUAAAAAUGGUAAUAUUAGAAAAAAAAUUGAAGAGACAUUUAUUAAAAUUUUUAAGGAAGACAAGAAAGGAACUAUAUCAUUAGUGGUAAGCAAUAAGAUUUAUUUUUGGCUAAAGCCUAAAAUAGAAUGUUUUUAUUAAAACCCAUAUAGAGUAUUAUAAAAUAUUUAUGCUAAUAGAUUGUACGUCGCAUAAAUCAACUUGUUAAAACCAGAAGUCAUUGUGUUCACAGUGAACUUUUAUCUGUUUUACUCGCAUUGCCAAUUAGAAAUGUUAAUCUUGAUAAAGAAAAAGAAGAAAUUUUGAAAUCAAAAAAAUUUAUGACAAGAAAACAAAAAUUGUUAGCCAUGUCAAAAAAAGAACGUAAAGUAAGAAUUUAUAGAAUUAUGACCAUUUGGGUACUAAUACAUUUACCAUUAAUAAUUGAUCAUUAAAAUAUUUUUAGCGAAGUAAAAUGCUAGACAAAUUGGAUAAAGAAAUGCUGGAGACAAAGGCUGAAGAAAAUGUUAAAAGUCAUAUGAAUAAUAUAACUGAAAUUACUAAACUUGUAUUUCUGAUAUACUUCAGAAUACUAAAAACUGCUCCACGUUCUAAAUUAUUAUCUGUUUGCCUUGAAGGAUUAGCAAAGUAAGUAUUAUUAAUAAUUCAUCAUUGAUGUCUAUACUAGAAAGAUCUGAAAACUUGAUUUAUGCAAAUUUAUUUUAAUGCUUUAAAUAGAUAAUCAAUUUUUUUAAACUGAAAAAUGUUUAUUGCUAUUUUUAUUUUUUGGAAGGGGUAAAUUUAGGUACAUACAAUUAUCAAAUUUUCCAUUUUUUAUUUUAUCCAAUUUGAGAUUUCCAUGUAAUUUAAAUUUUCUGAAAAAAAUAUGUCUGACAGUUUACAUUUUCCACUAUAAUUAAUAUUCCACAUUAAAUAAUUACUAUAAUGUUAUGUAUAUUCCAUCUCAUGAGAGAAGGUAUACGUUUUUUCAUCCAUCACUGUGCAUCUUGCACCAUUUUUGUUGAUUACGAUAUAGUGUAUUACCUUACUGUGAUUAGUAAGGAGUGGAAGAAAUUUAUCCUCCAUGUUCCCACUGAUGCGCAAACCGUGUAUCUUCUCUCAUGAGACUGAGUAUCCUAACAAAAUCCAAUAAUUAUAAUUUAUAAAUUAAUUUAGUUUUUACGGGAUUUAUAGAUAAUAAAUAAAUGUCUAAUAUUGCCUUUUUUUAUUUUUUUCAUAGAUACAGCCAUUCAAUUAAUUUAGAAUUUUAUCAUGAUAUCCUGACAGUUUUAGAUUCAGUUUUAAAAAAACAUCAAUUAAAUGUCCAUGAACAACUGUGUUGUAUAAAAACAAUUUUUGUAAUUUUAUCUGGACAAGGGUCUGUAAUUAACAUUGAUCCUGUUCAUUUUUAUAGUCAUUUAUACAGAGUUAUUCCAGAACUAGAUUGUUGUAAGUACAAGAAGUAAUUCAAUCAAAUUUAAAUUGAGACUUUCAUUUUUAUCAAUCGCUUUGUAUUAUUUUUAGGUAAACACCAUGAUAAUUUAGAAACAUUCCUUCGUACAAUUGAAGCAUUGUUCAUGGUAGGACGCAAAAAAGUUACAGCUAAUUCUACCCUGUCAUUUGUAAAACGAAUGUCUUCCUUAACUCUCCAAACUCUACAUAACUCAACACUUGGUAUUUUAGCUGCUCUUCGAUCUAUAAUUCAAGUAAUUUAAAUAUUUAUAAAAAUAAUAUUAAAUUAUUGCUUUUAAUCAAUUGUUAUUUUUAGACCAAUAAGGCUACUGAAUCUUUAUUAGAUGUUGACCCAACAUACGGACAAGGAAUUUAUGAUGCUGAGUUACAAGAACCUGAACAUAGCAAUGCUGGUAGUACAGCACUAUGGGAACUUCCUGCAUUACAAGUUAUUAAUUUAUUAGUCUAAAUACUUUUUAUAUUACUAUGCUCGGUUUUUUAUAGGUCUGGUGUCUGCCAUAGUGCCGUAACUAAAAAUUGUUUCUAACUGUUGAUACUUAAUAAUUUCAGUUUAUAGGUACUUCACUCACUUUUAUAUCAUAAGUAUAAUUUUAUUUUAGAGACAUUAUCAUCCUGAAGUAUGUAAAUUAUCGAAAACAGUAGCUACUUUGACAAAUGCACAAAAUAGUCAUACAAGUUUAAAACCGGAAUUGGCAAAAAUGUAAGUUUUUUAUAACUAUAUAACAAAUUUGAUAAUAAAUAUUUGUCUGAUAUUUUUUUAAUUAGAUAAUUAAUGAUAUCCUUAAUCAUAUAGUAUAUAAUAUAAUGAUUAUGAUGUGUAUAAUCAAUGAUGAUAUUUAAAUAUAAAAAUUGUUGAACAUCCUACUUGUUUAGGUAGUAUAUUUUUUUUUUUUUACAUAUUUUACAGCUUUUUUAUAAUAAAUAAUAUAAUUAUUAAUAAAUUAUAAAAUAUUGUUUUUAAUAUAUCCUAAUACCAUCAUGCUAAAAUUUGAAAGGUUUUUUCCAGUAAAUUUGUAAUGAUUUUAUUAGUUUUAUUACCAUUCACUUGACUAUAUAAGUUAAAUAACAUCUGUUUAACUGAGUAAAAUAUUUAUUGUCAUCAUGAAUUUUGUUUUUAUAAAAAAAAAAAAAUGUACUUUUUGCCAAAAGUAUUAAAAAUGUUUUUAUUUUUAGGACGCCCAGUGAAUGGUUUAAAGAGUACGAUCCAAGUAAUGUAGCAUUCAAUCCAGCAGUCAUGCCUCCUGUAAAGAUACCACAGCGAAUACCUGCCCAUUAUCCAAAUCUGCCAUACUCGGAUGUUUUAAACAAAAAUUAUUCUAAUGUGGAUUUAUCAAAAGAUUUCUUUUGAAUUUGUAUUCUAUAGUUAUUUAUAAUGCAAUUAUUUGAAUAAUAAAAAAUAUAUAAAACUGUCAUUGUAUUGAU